UGCACAGAUCACAGAGUAACCUCUGUGAUCUGUGUUUACUUGUAGUGAUCAACUGGUGAUCAACAUUCGUGUUUAUUUGCUAAUUUUGGUAGCUCGAGUUGAAAAGAUCAAGAGGUGUUUUCAAAAGAAAAUAAUUUUAUUAAAUAAUACCCUGCUUAUUAGAAAAAUAAUAAUAAAUCUACCAUGUCUAAUAUGGAGAUCAAAGCUAAAAUUGACCAAGCAUGCAGAGUCGCUGAAGAUUUUACAAAACUUUAUUACGAUACUAUCGAUAAACGAAGACAUUUAAUAUCACGACUCUAUUUAGAGACAGGACUUUUGUCCUGGAAUGGAAAUGGAGUGAAAGGGCACGAAGAUAUUCAGAAAUUUAUUAUAGAUCUACCCACUUCAGAUCAUACCUUGGUAACAUUGGAUGCUCAACCUAUUCUAGAUUCCGCUGUUAGUGGGCAACUAACAUUUAUAAUACAAGCUAGCGGAACAGUAAAGUACCAAGACAAAACUCCCAAGACUUUUCAGCAAAACUUUGUUGUAACAGCGCAGGGAGACAAAUGGAAAAUUGUUAGCGAUUGUUUAAGGAUACAAGAACCAUUCAGUAAAUAAAAAUGUUAAUGAUAUCACAAUAUUUUUAGUAAGGGGGUUUGUAAGUAAAGAAACUUUUUAUUAAA